AUGACUAUUCUCCAUGUGCGACUUCAUCUCCAGAAAGUGGAGGGCAUCCGAGUCGACUCCAGCAGCUCCAACAUUUCGCAUCAACUUCUCCGUCUUUGUGGAGCAGGAUCCGACGAUGGCAGGAUGAAAGAUGGCUCUGCAAGCCUACUCCUUGUCCUUGGGACGGGCUCAACGUGCUGGCCCCAACUUUACCACGAUGAUCUCACUGACAAGAAUGACCGAAAUGCACUAUUCAUGAUUCCCGGCAAUUGUCGCAACACAAGUUAA